AUGUCUCAAGUAAGAAAAAGAUCGAACUCUGAUAGCUUGCAGGGCAAUAAGCGUAGAAAACCACAGUUCAUCAAACACAACUCUACAAACCCUGUGAACAGUGAUGGCCUCUCGGAGUGUUUCCACAAGAUCAACGUCUCGCUGUACGUUUCCCUGGCACCUUCGUACCUCAAACAGCCAAUCGAAGGUAUCAAGUCCCAGCAUUUGGACCCUAUGCUUAUGAAGAACUUCGCCAAGGUGAACGGUGUUGUCAUUGGUUACGAUAACGUGACGGUGAGCGAAGAGCACAUUGGAGAAAGCGGUGAUAUCAUUGCAACUGUGAACCCACAUAGUCCAUUUGCAUUCCUGUGGGUCUCAGUGGACUUCCUAGUGUGGAAGCCUCAAGUGGGUGAUGUCCUCGAAGGGUUGGUCUACAUGCAGUCACCAUCCCACAUCGGUUUGCUCAUCAACGACACGUUCAACGGAAGUAUCAAGAAGAAUAACAUCCCAGAAUCGUGGCAGUUUAUACCUAACCAGGCCGAUGAACAAGCCACAGGGUCGGACGAGGAACAACUAAAGUCCCAGUCCCUUGGUCAAUGGAUCGAUGAGAAUGAGAUCCCUAUUGAUGGGAAGGUGAAGUUCACCGUGAAGGCCAUCCACAACUCAGGUAGAGUGGUGUCUGUUGAAGGCUCUCUCAUAAAACCUGGAAGCGAAAGCGAAGCAUUACCUGUGGUUCCUAAUAAGAAGAUCAAAUUCGAUGAUCUGGAAGUUGUUCCACUUGAGACUCAGCAAGAAGUCACGAAGGAGGACGUUCCUGUUUAUGAAGAUGCCAGCGAAGAAGAAGUCGUUGCUGAAGAGGACUCCAGUGAAGAAGAGGACUCUGACUCCGAUUGA